AUGGUGUUUUCUUGGCGAGGAGGUCCGGAUUCCCGGCGGCUGCUGCUCUCCCUUCUGCUGUUCAAAAUCUGGGCAGCUGGGAGCGGCCAGCUCCACUACUCCGUCCCCGAGGAGGCCAAACACGGAACCUUCGUGGGCCGCAUCGCUCAGGACCUGGGGCUGGAGCUGGCGGAGCUGGUGCCCCGCCUGUUCAGGGUGGCGUCCAAGGACCGCGGGGACCUUCUGGAGGUAAAUCUGCAGAAUGGCAUUUUGUUUGUGAAUUCUCGGAUCGACCGGGAGGCUCUGUGCGGGCGGAGCGCGGAGUGUAGCAUCCACCUGGAGGUGAUCGUGGACCGGCCGCUGCAGGUUUUCCACGUGGAGGUGGAGGUGAGGGACAUUAACGACAACCAGCCUGCGUUCCCGGUAAAAGAACAAAAGCUACGUAUUUCGGAAUCCAGAAUGUUAGACUCUCGGUUUCUGCUAGAGGGCGCAUCCGAUGCAGAUAUUGGAGCCAAUUCAAUUGUAACCUAUAGACUUGACUCUAAUGAUUACUUCACGCUAAUUGUGAGUUCAAAGAACGAUGAAAAUAAACAGGUUGAGCUAAUAUUAAGAAAAUCCUUGGACAGAGAGGAUGCUCCUGAGCAUAAGCUGCUGCUGACAGCCACGGAUGGAGGCAAACCUGAGCUCACAGGCUCUGUUCAGCUGCUGGUCACUGUGCUGGAUGUGAACGAUAACGCCCCUACUUUCCAGCAGUCUGAGUAUGAAGUGAGAAUAUUGGAAAACUCAGACAACGGAACGACGGUUGUUAGACUAAAUGCUUCGGACAGGGACGAAGGGACAAAUUCAGCAAUUUCUUACUCUUUUAAUAGGCUGGUCCCACCCAUGGUUCUUGAGAAGUUUAGCAUAGAUACAGAUACAGGAGAAAUCGUAAUUCAAGGGAACUUGGAUUUUGAGCAAGUCAAUGUCUACAAAAUCCGCGUAGAUGCGACAGACAAAGGACAUCCUCCGAUGGCAGGUCAUUGCACUGUUCUAGUGAAGGUGCUGGAUGAAAAUGACAAUGUGCCUGAGAUCACAUUGACUUCCUUAUCGCUGCCUGUUCGAGAGGACGCUGCACUGGGUACUGUCAUUGCUCUGGUUAGCAUUUCGGACCUGGACUCAGGUGUCAACGGGCAGGUGACCUGCUCCCUGACUCCUCAAGUCCCCUUCAAGCUGGUGUCCACGUUCAAGAAUUACUAUUCGCUUGUGCUGGACAGCGCCCUGGACCGUGAGACCAUCACUAACUACCACGUGGUGGUGACAGCCCGGGAUGGCGGCUCGCCCUCUCUGUGGGCCACAGCCAGCGUGUCCGUGGAGGUGGCUGAUGUGAACGACAACGCGCCCACGUUCGCGCAGCCCGAAUACACGGUGUUCGUGAAGGAGAACAAUCCGCCUGGCGCGCACAUCUUCACGGUGUCGGCCAUGGACGCGGACGCGCAGGAGAAUGCGCUGGUGUCCUACUCGCUGGUGGAGAGGAGGGUGGGCGAGCGCUUGCUGUCUAGCUAUGUGUCUGUGCACGCUGAGAGCGGCAAGGUGUUCGCGCUGCAGCCUCUGGACCAUGAGGAGCUGGAGCUGCUGCAGUUCCAGGUGAGCGCGCGGGAUGCUGGUGUGCCUUCCCUGGGCAGCAAUGUGACUCUGCAGGUGUUUGUGCUGGAUGAGAACGACAAUGCUCCUGCUUUGCUUUUGGCUGGUACCGAAGGCUUGGGUAGUGUGGCAACCGACACGAUACUUAGGUCUGUGAGCGCGGGUCAGGUGGUCGCAAAAGUACGGGCGGUGGACUCAGACUCUGGCUACAAUGCAUGGUUGUCCUAUGAGCUGCAACCCUCAGUGGGCUCUCGCAGCCCAUUCCGUGUUGGGCUGUACACGGGUGAGAUCAGUACUACUCGUGCCCUUGAGGAGUUGGAUCCACCCAGACAGCGCCUGUUAGUAUUGGUGAAAGACCACGGUGAGCCAGCUCUAACUUCCACAGCUACUGUUCUAGUGUCAUUGGUUGAGAGUAGCCAGGCGCCAAAGGCAUCUUCUCAGGCUUCUGGACGCGCUUCAGUCUCAGAGGCGUCACUAGUGGAUGUCAACGUGUACCUGAUCAUCGCCAUCUGCGCCGUGUCCAGCCUGUUGGUGCUCACCCUGCUGCUGUAUACCGCGCUGCGAUGCUCGGCGACGCCCACGGAGGGCACGUGCGGGCCGGGGAAGCCCGUGCUGGUGUGCUCCAGCGAGGUGGGGACCUGGUCAUACUCGCAGCAGAGGCGGCAGAGGGUGUGCUCUGGAGAGGGUCCGCCCAAGACCGACCUCAUGGCCUUCAGCCCCAGUCUUCCACCGCGUCCAGGAUCAGAGGUCAUUGGGGAAGGGCGAGAUUUAAAUGUUGAUCACGGCUUUCAAGUAAGUCCAUUUAUGUUUAGAAGUAUUUAA